AUGGCGUCCGCUGCCGAUACCGCCAUCGCCCUGGAGAAGACGGCCGCCCACCAUGUCGAGGAUACCUUGGGCCAGGGGGCGAUUCUGGAAGCCAAGCAGGCCACCGACGAUGAACAUUCACAAACAUUGAUGCAGUGCUUGCGGGAAAAUCGCAAAGCAGUGAUGUGGUCUGUCUUGGUUUCCUUGUCGAUUGUCAUGGAAGGAUAUGACACCAUCCUCAUGGCCAACUUCUUUGCUUACCCGGAGUUCCAGAAAAAGUAUGGCCAGGAUUAUGGCGGGGAUAUUGGAUGGCAGGUUUCAGCCCCUUGGCAGACAGGCUUGAACAUGGCCAGUACAGUGGGAUGCAUCUUCGGCGGCAUCUUGAACGGCUACUGUGCGUCUAAGUACGGAUACCGGGGUGUGAUGGUGAUUGCACUUGCGUUCCUGACAUGUUUCAUUUUCAUCACCGUCUUCGCCAACUCGGCAACCGUCUUGAUAGUUGGACAGGUUUUGUGCGGAUUAUCGUGGGGAGUGUUUGCGACCAUUGGCCCAGCAUACGCCUCUGAAGUCUGCCCAACCAAUUUGCGUGGCUACCUCACGAUCUAUGUGAACAUGUGCUGGGCCAUCGGCCAAUUGAUCGCCUCGGGCGUGCUAUACGGACUGGUUGGUCGAAAGGACCAGUGGUCAUACCGCAUUCCCUUUGCCCUGCAAUGGAUCUGGCCAGUGCCCCUGAUGGCCAUCUGCUGGCUGGCCCCAGAGAGUCCCUGGUGGCUCGUCCGCAAAGAUCGUCUCGAGGAUGCGAAGCGAAGUAUCCGCCGACUCGGCGGCUCCAAGACGGAAGACCAGAUCAACGGUCAACUCGCAAUGAUGGUUCACACGAUCAAAAUCGAGGCUGAGAUCGAAGCCGGUACGACCUACUAUGACUGUUUCAAGGGUGUCGAUUUGCGACGCACAGAGGUCUGCUGCUUGGCUUUCGUCGGUCAGAUCUUGUCCGGUAGCACAUUCGCUUACUCGCCAACAUAUUUCUUCACCCAAGCCGGCAUGGAAGUCAGCCGCUCCUUCCAGCUGGGUGUUGGCUGCACGGGCGUUGCCUUCGUAGGCACCUUGCUCUCUUGGUUCCUGAUCACUGGCUUUGGUCGUCGGACCCUCUAUGUUUCGGGAAUGGGUACUCUGUGCACAACUCUGUUCCUGAUCGGCAUUCUUAACGCCGCCUCACACACGAAAGGCUCAAUGUGGGCGCAGGCAGGGCUCUGCUUCUUCUGGCUCUUCACCUAUUCACUGACCGUCGGGCCUAUUACUUAUGCCAUUGUCUCCGAGACGUCGUCGGUUCGCCUGCGCCCACUGACCGUGUCCCUAGCGCGAACCUCAUACCAAAUUAUCAAUGUUGUCUCCCAAGUUCUGCAACCCUACUUCAUGAACCCAACGGCCUGGAAUGCCUCCGGCAAAACGGGUUUCUUCUGGGGUGCAACGGGUCUUGUCGCGUUCCUGUGGGCGUUCUUCCGCCUCCCGGAAGCAAAGGACCGUACCUAUGCGGAGCUCGAUAUCCUGUUCGCGACCAAGGUGCCGGCCCGCAAAUUUGCGUCAACUGUCGUGGACGCCUACGCGGUGGCCCCCUCUGUAUCGCAGGAAGGUUUGAUAAGGGAGGAGAUCACAGAGACGAAACAGUGA